AUCGGCAGUGGAAAGUCGCCAAGCCCGCCACGGCGGACAGGAAGUCGAAGUUCCAGGUCGAGGCGCCAGCUUCGCGUCACUUCUCGCGCGACUUCCUACGCAGAACAUGGCGGCGCUGAGCAGUGUCCGCUGGCUGACCCGAGUGGUGGUCGUCGCUCGCCGCCCUGGGGCUUGGCGGGGUCUGAGUACCUCGGCGGCGGCUCACGCCGCCUCGCAGAGCCAGGCCGAAGAUACGAGGGUGGAAGGUGCCUUUCCUGUGACCAUGCUGCCGGGAGAUGGCGUGGGGCCGGAGCUGAUGCAUGCUGUCAAGGAAGUGUUCAAGGCUGCUGCUGUCCCGGUGGAAUUCCAAGAGCACCACCUGAGCGAGGUGCAGAAUAUGGCCUCGGAGGAGAAGUUGGAACAGGUGCUGAGCUCCAUGAAGGAUAACAAGGUUGCCAUCAUUGGCAAGAUCUAUACCCCGAUGGAAUAUAAGGGGGAAUUAGCCUCCUAUGAUAUGCAACUGAGGCGUAAGUUGGACUUGUUUGCCAACGUAGUCCAUGUGAAGUCACUUCCUGGCUACAUGACUCGACACAACAAUCUAGACCUAGUGAUCAUUCGAGAGCAGACAGAAGGGGAGUAUAGCUCUCUGGAACAUGAGAGUGCCAAGGGUGUAAUUGAGUGCUUGAAGAUUGUCACUCGAACCAAGUCUCAGAGGAUUGCAAAGUUUGCAUUUGACUAUGCCACCAAGAAGGGGCGGGGCAAGGUCACAGCUGUCCAUAAGGCCAACAUCAUGAAACUUGGGGAUGGGUUAUUCCUGCAGUGCUGUGAGGAAGUUGCUGAACUGUAUCCCAAAAUCAAGUUUGAGACAAUGAUCAUAGACAAUUGCUGCAUGCAGCUGGUGCAGAAUCCUUACCAGUUUGAUGUGCUUGUGAUGCCCAAUCUUUAUGGGAAUAUCAUUGACAAUCUGGCUGCUGGCCUUGUUGGGGGAGCUGGUGUGGUCCCUGGUGAGAGCUACAGUGCAGAAUAUGCAGUUUUUGAGACGGGUGCCCGGCACCCAUUUGCCCAGGCAGUAGGCAGGAAUAUAGCGAAUCCCACGGCCAUGCUGCUGUCAGCGUCCAACAUGCUAAGGCAUCUCAAUCUAGAAUAUCACUCCAGCAUGAUUGCAGAUGCAGUGAAGAAGGUGAUCAAAGUUGGCAAGGUUCGGACUCGAGACAUGGGCGGCUACAGCACCACAACCGACUUCAUCAAGUCUGUCAUCGGCCACCUACACCCCCAUGGGGGCUAAAGCCCUUUAACUCCCUCCAACUUGAAAAAGGACCAUGCUACACCUUCUACACAUACCUUCAGUACAGUGGACCAGGGAAGAGAACUGUGAACACCUAGACAGAUCAAAAUUACUUUUUUGGGCAGAAGCUAGGUUGUCAUGGAAGUAGCUUCCAGAAGGGGAAUCUCAGUCUGUGCUGGGUGGUUUGGGUUGGGGUCCAGGCCACAGGAUGAUGGCAACUUUUCCCCACAGGUUCGAACCUCUGACAUGGGAGGUUAUGCCACUUGUCAUGACUUCACCGAAGCCGUCACUGCUGCCCUGUCCUAAGUCCCUACCCAUACCUAUGUAAAGCAUUCAAUAAACAAACAACCAAUUUUUGCA